GGACUCACACGCGCUCGGACUCUCUCUCGCGCUCUCUCUCUCUCUCUCUCUCGGCUGCGCUGUUCGCUCGGAGCCGCCCUCGGGUCGCCUCUGUCACCGGUCUCACCUGUCCUCCUGUCUCACCUGUCCUCCUGUCCUCCUGUCCUCCUGUCACCAUGACGGACACGCUGAAGCCCGGCGGAGGAGACAGCAGCUGCUUCCGGAAGGGCUGCAACCCGUUCGCCCAGACCGGACGCAGCAAGCUGCAGAACAAACGAGCCUCUCUGAACCAGCAGAUCAUCAAACAGAUGAGGAUGAGGGCCGGAGCCGAGAACCUGCUCAGGGCCACGUCCAACAACAAGGUGAAAGAGAUGGUCCUGCUGGAGCUGAGCUACGUCAACUCCAACCUGCAGCUGCUGACCGGGGAGCUGGACGGACUCAACAGCUCCGUGGACGUCUACCAGAACUCACAGGAAACGGCCAACAUCCCGCUCAUUGCUCUGGGUCUGAAGGAGACUAAAGAAGUUGACUUCUCCGCUCCAUUCAAGGACUUCAUCUCGGAGCAUUACAGUGAAGAUGGGAGCCGUUACGAGGAUGAGAUUGCUGACCUGAUGGACCUCCGACAGGCCUGCAGAACGCCCAGCAGAACCGAGGCCGGGGUGGAGCUGCUGUCCAAAUACUCCAGUCAUCUUCCUCUGGUGGAGAGCCGCUUCUUCUCCCCGAACAGACCGACCGGGAUCUUCUUCACCUGGUACGACUCCUUCACCGGCGUGCCGGUGUGCCAGCAGAACCUGUCUCUGGAGAAGGCCAGCGUUCUCUUCAACAUGGCCGCCCUGUACUCUCAGAUCGGCACCCGCAGCAACAGGCAGAGCGCCGCCGGCCUGGAGGAGGCCAUCUCCUCUUUCCAGAAAGCUGCAGGCAUCCUGAACCACCUGAAGGAGACGUACACACACAUUCCCAGCUACGACAUGAGUCCCGCCAUGCUCAGCAUGCUGAUCCGGCUCAUGCUCGCUCAGGCGCAGGAGUGUCUGUUCGAGAAGACGGCGCUGCCCGGAGUCCGGAACCACUUCUCCUCCCUGAUGAAGAUGGCUCAGGAGGCUGCCAAGGUGUCUGAGAUCUACGACCAGGUCCAUCAGUCCAUGAUCCAGAUGCCGAUCAAAGACCACGUCCCGUUCUUCUGGUCCACCAUGUCGCAGGUCAAAACCAACCACUACCGCUCCAUGGCUCACUACUUCGUGGCCUCGGCUCUGCUGGACCACGAGCUGAAUCCCAGAGACGACGAGGACCAGCAGGAGAAGACCUUAUCGCAGGUGUACGACAAGUUUCCCGAAGGCUGCUCGCCGAUGGACAUCCUGAAGAAGAAAGAGGAGCGCGAUCGCAUCGGGAAGGCUCACAUCCGCCGGGCCAUCCUGGGCCACGAGGAGGCUCUGAGGAUCUACAGCCUGUGCCACAACCUGAACAAACUGGACGCUCUGCAGGACAUCCUGAGAGCCAGCCACCAGCGCUCCCUCAACAAGUACAGCGAGAGCGAGAACGAGGAGGAGUUCACCGACUACAUGGAGGCUCCAGACAUCCUCCCUAAAACAGAACACCGAGCGGAGAUGGAGUUUCCUGCAGCCGCAAAGGUGAAAGUCACCGACUUUUUCCACAAGCUGGGUCCUGUGUCGGUGUUCUCGGCCAAGCAGCGGUGGACGGCCCCGCGGACGGUCCGCUGCCGUCCGGAGGACCGGGACGUGGGCUUCACCCUGAAGGGGGAGUCACCUGUCCAGGUGGUCUCCUUGGACCCCCUCUGCCCAGCAGCGGCUGACGGGCUGAAGGAGGGCGACUACAUCGUGGCGGUGGGCGACACGGACUGCAAGUGGAUGAGCGUGGGCGACGUGAUGAGGCUCCUGAAGGAUGUGGACGAGGAGGGGAUCGACAUCCAGGUGGUCAGCCUGAUGGACAGCAACCCCCCCAUGCCGACAAAGAGCGCCACCUUCUCUGGGAACCUGCCCAAGACCUACUCCAUGAUCUGCCUGGCCCACAACGACCAGGACAAGAGCUCCAAGUCCCGCAAAGUGGCCAAGAAGUCGUCGUUCCUCAGCUGGGGCCUGAAGAACAAGCUGAAGAGCGCCAGCACGCUCAGCCUGCCCACGGCGGACCAUUCGGGGGCGCUGCCCUGGAACAAGCCCCGGCCCACCUUCCCCAGCUCCAGCCCCUACAACGAUGGCGCCCUCUACUGAGCACGCUGCGGCGCGGGCGGCGGCGGUCUGCUCGUUGUACCGCUGCCUGUGGAACAGACGCGCUGCUGACGCUCAUGUAUAUAAGAGUGACGAUGUUGAUACAGGAGCGAACUGGAACACUCGACACAAGAAACACAAGCUUAUCCAACACUCUCAGGGUGUGCUGCUCUGCUGUGGGACAAACCUGGCAGUGAGCAACACACACACACACACACACACACACACACACACACACACACACA